AUGACUACCAAAAAGGAACUGACCUCCAUCACUAUGGCGACUGUAGAGGACCCGACCUCUAUUACUAUGACGACCAUAAAGGAACUAACCUCUGUCACCAUGACGACUGUAGAUGAUCUGACCUCUAUCACCAUAACGACUGCAGAGGAUGUGACCUCUACCACCAUGAUAACUAUAGAGGAUCUGACCUCUAUCACCAUGACGACUGUACAGGAUCUGACCUCUAUCACUAUGACGAAUGUACAGGAUCUGACCUCUACCACCAUGAUGACUGUACGGGAUCUGGCCUCUAUCACCAUGACGACAGUUGGGGAUCUGACCUCUAUCACCAUGACGACUGUUAAGGAUCUGACCUCUAUCAUCAUGACGACUGUUGAGGAUCUGACCUCUAUCACAAUUACGCACAGCACCAUGACGCACAACCCUGCACAUCGAACUGCGGCGCCUUUGACGACCUCCCACCCAUGCCCCCGUGGUUCUGGAGAGCAAAUGUGA